UCUAGCCACUUCAGCUCUCACUCUUUGGUUUCCUGCCCUGUUCCGGCGUCUCUAAGCGGUCUGAUUCCUAGAGACGCGGUCUGCACGUGGAGAAAGAAGCGUGUGGAUCCCGCAACCUUGCGCUCCCCAGCCCCAUGUUUGAGGAGCCGGAGUGGGCCGAGGAGGCCCCUGUAGUCGCCGACUUCGGGUCUGUAGCCUUAGGGCUUCGGCCCACGGCAGCCUCUCAAAUCAAGGGCUCCAACCGCCGCCAGCUCUUGGCCACAUUACGGGCCCUGGAGGUAGCAUCUGUUCCCCAGCAGCCCCCUAGCCUGCCUGGCAGUGACUCUGAGGAGGAGGAGGUAGUGGAAACAAAGAAGAAACGCCUGAAAAGAGGCUCGUUUACUGGUGCGUCUAGUGAAGUAGAGGAGAAAAGGAAGAAGAAACGUCACAAACAGGGCCCACCUAGCAGUGACUCCAAGGAAGAGGAAGUGGAAAGGAAGAAGUGCCACAAAGGGGCUCUUCUUGGCAGUGACUUGGCUGAAGAAGAGAAAAAAAAGAGGAAAUGCCGGAAACAGAUCCCUUCAAAUCUUGCCCAGCCCCUGGACAAUGUUGACCAAACAGAUUCUAAAGCUUGGAAUUCUCGUGCUACAAGUGACCCCACCAAGCCAACCUGUGAGAUCCCUUCCUCUAAUCCUCCCCAUACCUUGAGUCGCAAGCAAUGGCGGAACCGGCAGAAGAACAAGCGUAGACAGAAGAACAAGUUUCGGCCAUCUCAGCCAUCAGAGCAGGCCCCAUCCCCAGCCCCAGCCUCUGCAGAGGAGGCAGAGGUGCCUUCUGCCCCCAGUCCAGACAGCCAUGGAACCCGGGCAGAGGCUCUUCGAGCCCGCAUGGCCCAGCGUCUGGAUGGUGCCCGGUUCCGCUACCUCAAUGAACAGCUAUACUCAGGGCCCAGCAGUGCUGCGCAGCGCCUCUUCCAGGAAGACCCUGAGGCCUUUCUCCUCUACCACCGUGGCUUCCAAAACCAAGUCAAGAAGUGGCCACUGCAGCCGGUAGACCGCAUCGCCAGGGAUCUUCGCCAGCGGCCUGCAUCCCUGGUGGUGGCUGACUUUGGCUGUGGGGACUGCCGCCUGGCUUCAAGCAUCCGGAACCCUGUACACUGCUUUGACUUGGCCUCUCUGGACCCCCGGGUCACUGUGUGUGACAUGGCCCAGGUGCCUCUGGAGGAUGAAUCUGUAGAUGUGGCUGUGUUCUGCCUUUCACUGAUGGGAACCAACAUCAGAGACUUCCUGGAGGAGGCAAAUCGAGUGCUGAAGCCAGGGGGUCUCCUGAAAGUGGCUGAGGUCAGCAGCCGCUUUGAAGAUGUUCGGACUUUUCUGGGGGCUGUCACCAAGCUGGGCUUCAAGGUCAUCUCCAAGGAUCUGACCAACAGCCACUUCUUCUUGUUUGACUUUGAAAAGACCGGGCCCCCUCGGGUAGGGCCCAAGACUCAGCUCUCAGGCCUGAAGCUUCAGCCUUGUCUCUAUAAGCGCAGGUGACCUUUGGAGCCCCCCUUGAAUGGGGAGGCAAAUCUUGAACUCCAGACUCAGUACUCUGAAGACUGUAUCCAGCCAGGCUGGGACCUGGGGCCUGGUACCACCCUUACUCCAUCUCAAGAACAAAAUGUAAUGAAACUCUUGGCUCAACCCUGCUGUGAUGAAGGCUUCUUGGUUCUAGGAAGCAUAAAGUUGUUUGGGCUAGCUAAAAAGUAAGGAGUUCAUUGUGAGAACACAGGAGUAUGUGAGAAUUAUGGAUCCCCUCAGUGUCAUGGAAACUACAUGGUUUGGAAUUCAAGGUAUCUCUGGGUUUGGUGUCUUUCCAUCUCUCAGAAGCCAUAUGAGCUUUCUGUCCUAGCAUCUCCACUCUCUGUUCUGAUUUUCCUGUCUGCACACCAGAUCCGUCUGCUCACCCAAAGCUUCUACAGCUUUGGUCUGCCCAGGCCUUGAAGGCCACAGGCAGGCAUUGCUUCUUGGCUCUAGGGCAGCUUGGCUCUAGAGCAAGUGCAGCAGCCCUCAUAUCAGCAGAGGCAACUUGGCUCUCGUCCACCAACAUCAUCUGGACUUCUCGGUCAAGAUAGUUUGAUUGUCCCUAUGCUGAGUACUUCUUCCCCCUGAUUGUCAUCUCUGUCUUUGGAGCUGAAUGGCCCUGACCCUCCUAGCAUCUGUUGGGCCCUGGUGUUUGUCUGGCUGAGAGCACAGAUAUUGGAAUCAGGUAGGCCUGCUGUUGACUGCCGAGAGCCUUUUACACUUUGAAUGUUCAGCUACUCAUUUGGUAAAUGAUAGAAUAACGGUCUCAUAGAAUUGUUGUAUGGGUUAAUGAGGAAAUCUGUAGCCAAGACAGGGCACAUAGGAGGUGCUCAAUAACUGUUGCUGUGGCUGUUGUGUGUUGCAAGCCUUACUGUUUCUAAAGACCUACCCUAAGCAGGAUUAGGGGUUGAAGAGUAAAGGAUGAAUUUGUUGAUUGAGGAAGACUCCGGGAGAGCUCAAGAUAGGCCUUUCAACAGCCUUAUUUUAUGAGAGUUUUAGAGAUUCUUAAUAGACUGUGAGCAGUUUUUUGAGUGGGGGUGAUGUGGGAGCUGGGUCUCCAUAAAUCACAACUGAUUGAUGCCAUUUGGGGUGGGGAUUGGCAGAAGAGUGUGUCUGUUGUUUCUGCCUUGCAGUGGGCCCAGAUCAGCACAUCCUAGGCCAAACUAUGGGCAGAGACGACUAGUUCUGGGAGAAGAUGACUGGGAUGACAAGUCCUUGGCCUCAAAGGCAUCUGCCAUGGGCCCAGGUAUAAAGAUACAGUCUGUUCUACCUAUUUCUAAGGGCUCCCCUGGUGGCUCAGACGGUAAAGACUUAUUUCCAAGAGCAAGAACUGAGAGGAACCACUGGCACACAGGAUCCAGGACUCUGCACCAGUUGAGUGCCUCCGGUAAGGGGGUGUUUUGAGGCAGGUUGUGCAGGUCAGAGGGCGUGUUUGGAAGCUGGACUGCGAACCAUCCAGCAGACACUGUUCAGUACUUUUUCACGUGCUUCUCGCUGCUGAAUACUCAUCUGACUAGCCCAGUCUUACUCAUCCUUCCAGACAGCCUAGUUGUUUCCUACUCCAUUGCUCCCAAAGCAGAACUAAUUUCUUUAUCUGCAUUCUCAAAGCACUACAGGAAGAGGUCAACUGCAACAUUUAAAUACUGUGUGGCAAUUGUUUUGUGCAUUAGGCUGCAGUCUUCUCAGCUCAUGUUUAUCUUUGUAUUUCCAGAGCUGGUCACUUGAGAUCCAUCCAAGGAGGUGAUAAAGAUGACAGGGUUCGUGGACCAGUGAGAAGCAGGGGUAUUGCAGGAACCCAGGUUUGGCCACAUGAUGAGGUCACUAGUGAUGAUGCAAAGAGUGGGCAGGCGGGAGAACUUCAGUUGGUAGAACUGGUGGGACAUUGAGGCUUGGUGAGAGAAAGGAAUCUGAAGCAGAUCUUGGGUUUCUGGCUUAAGCAACUGCGCUGUUGAUGCCAUUCAAAAUGUUGGGAUUUUGGUACCUAGAUGUUCAUUUGGAAGCAGGACAUAAACUCAGCAGCCAGGGGAGGUAAUUCAAGUCAUUGUAAUAGAUAAGAUAUCCAGAGUAAGAUAACGAGAAGAGAAAAUGGCUUGGAAGAGAACUCUGAGGAGCAUUUAAUGGAUAAGUAGAGGAAAAUGAACCAGUAAAGCUGACAAGAGAAGGUGGGGCCAGAGAUGGAGUAAAACCGGGAGAGUGGAUUUCUUAAUGUGGAAAGAAUGGGAAGGUUUUAGUGCUGUUGGAUGCUCUUGAAAGGUCUGUUAAAAUGAGAGAAAGGUCAGAAUGUGGCAGGGAGAGGAUUUCUGCAUAAUGUUGAGGGGUUUAAAUUUAUAGUGGUAUUAUUCAUGAAUAUAUAGUUACACCAGUCGGCCCAAUGGUGUGGUUAUCUCUGCCUGCUCAGGAAUCUAGGUGUAACUGUAGGAAAAAUGAGUACUAAGGGAUCAUCCAGAGUUGAAACCUUACAAAACAAUUGAAAUGAAAUCAAGCAAAGGCGUUUCAGACCAUUCACAAGUUAGUGAUGUCUAUGCUGGGCCAUGAACUUUGUAGAACAACUGGGUGGAGUGAAGACAGGAGUAGGUAGUUGCACUGGGGGUAAUUUUAAAAGUAACCUAGAAAGAUGGGAGGCUGUGGUCAGAAACUGGAAUGUCUGAAUAGUUCAUACUGGAAGCAAAGCAACCCCAGGCAGUGGCCAAGUUUAAGAGUGUAGUUAUAGGAGUGAGUGCCUGAGAGGAGUGCACAGGAGGUUGCCUGGAGGUUGAUUAUUGCAUGGGGGGCUCAGAUAUUGGGAGUGGGUCUCCAUGGACUUUGAAGUUCUCCAAGAUGAUGAUAGAAGUUAGUAUGGAACAGUGCCAGUGUCUUGAAGAAGGGAGCCGAUUCAGGAAAUCUGCAGACAGAGUAGGAGAGGCCGGAUAGCACAAAUUCAGAAGGACAGAGGGUCUCACAGCCUACUAGAAAGACUUCCAUCUGGGGGAUGACGUGAGGCUGGUGAGUGGAGCCGGCUGCCAGGCGGCCAAGACAAUACCCUGACAGUCGUCUCCAACUUAACGGGAUUUUCUGGGGAUUAUAGGGGAAACGACUGUUGUGGCAGCUUCAUGGGGUGGGAACCUCUUGGGAUCACCGGGAGGCAAGCUGUCAAGUCUGAGGACGUCUGCCUCGUUAUAGAACAUACAUCACCUUUUAUAGCGUCCUAGCUCUGCUUCCUCCCAGCUGUUAGGUAUAUUCCUAGAUCUUUAUUCAUUUUUCCUGUUUUGUUAUCAUGCUCAACAGGACAGCUGGGGUCUGCCUUCCUCCCUGUUUUGCUUUCCUUCCCUUACUUAAAAUUUGGAUUUUUUCUUUGCUUGUUCUGGCUCCAGCCACCGGAAUAAACAUCUUGCUAGGUCUGCCUCAGGCCCAUGACUCCCCCUAUCUCAGGCCAGCCUCCACCUGCUUUUCCAUCAAUUCUGAAAGCAGGGCUUCUGAGUCUGGGUCAUCACUGCUCCAUUAUCAGCUUCAGGACCAUCUCUCGUUCAAACCUGGGCUUCAAUGUCUGAUGUCUGAUAUUGAGAGCCUAGACUGAAGAAAGAACAGUGUAUGCUCCCUUAAGAAAAAGCAGCAUACCAGCUGUUUAAGGAACAAUGAGAUCACUUUAAGGAACAAUUUGAGAAUAGGAUGAAGGAGUGGCAGUCAUAGUAAGAGGUAAAUGGGAGUGGGAAAGAGUCUUAACUGGAGACUGCACUGGGAGCAUUCAGGAAGCUUGAGGUAUUUAUUCCUAACACCAAGAAAUGGUACACCUGGAGUCUGACUCCUGCCCUGGAAAGGCGGAGGGCAAGCAGAGGCUCACUUUCAGUGGUGGAGCCAGGGGUGUGCUGCUGCUUUUGCAUUGGUCUGUGUUCUGGAAUUUGCUGAGGCGAACCAUGCAGGAGCGUAUCCUGUGCACCUUGUAGCAGGGGAAGCAUCGGGUGGUCUAGAGUGCUGUCCAGUAGGACCAUUGAGGAGGUAAGGAAGCACAGAGAGGUUAGGAGUGCCAUCUGGACUAAGGAGGGAUUGUAGGAUACCACCCAGAAUAAAGCUGCACCCACCAGGGUAAAGGGGACUGCAGAAAAAGGACAGCAAGAUGCCCCCUUUAAAUCUGUGAGGCCCAUGGGACCCAGAAAUAUCCAACUAGGCAAAAGCUGUCUUAUCCCCUUCCUUCUCUGCAGUUGGGCCCAGAGCAGUCAGCAGCUAUUAGGUGCAAAGGAGGUGAGAAGAGAGCCUAGAGAUCAUCCCCCACCCCCUUCUCCAGUGCAGGCUUCUUGACUUGAGUGGGACGGAACUGAGAGGUGAAAACAGCUAAAGCCAGAAGAGGUGCAGAUUAUUUAUUGUUACGUAGGAUUAGAUGUUGUAAUCACUUGAGAUUGGGUUUGUAUCUUAUACUGAUCCUAAGAAUAUGUGAACUGAGAAUGAGCCGUAAGUCACAGGCUUGCCACAGCUUUUCUCUGAAUGAAGAAAGGUCGGAGGGGUGGUGGGAGACAAGAAUAAAGUUGGGUUUGGAUAGCAGUCUGGGCUCAUGCUUCCUCAGCAUCCGUUUUAGAGCUUGAUUACCCCUGCAGUCACUGGUACACUCCAGCUUUUGUUCUUGUAACACAGUCCUAAGGGAACACAGUUCCCAAAGAAACAACAUGAUCUUGGCGGAGACACAGCUCAGCUCCAGUCACUCAACCACUUACAUAAUUGCACAAAGGCCUUUACAGAUUUUCACAGAGACCUCUAACUAGGUUGUCCUCCGUUCCCGGUGACUUCCCAGGCUGGCCACCUUGUUCGGACUUCUACAGUCACCACAUUACCAGUCCAGUUGCUUCCACUCCUGUUCGCAGAGCAAUUCAUUUGCCACACAGCCAAGGUGAGCCUUUUUAAAAUGUAAGUCAGAUAUGUCACUUCUCUGCUUAAAAGUCUUCAAGGGAUUCUCACUGCUCUGAGAACGAAAGGCAGACUCCUUUCCAGGGCCUAAGUGAUCUUGCCCAGGCCUCCCUCUCCAACUGCAUCUUAAUCCACUCUUUCCACAUGAAAAACUCUAGCUGCACAGGCUUUCUUUUCAUUCCUCAAGCGUUCCAAGCCGUUUCUACUUCUGGGCCUUUAAAAUUGCCACUUCGUCUUCCCAGGGCACUUUUCCCUGGGAAAAGUGAGUUCAUUUUCAUCUUCCAGAUCUUCAUACUAGCAUCCCAUUUUCUGUAGGAAAAAAACAGGCUAGAUCUCACCAGAAUGUCCUUUUCCGAGACACACAGUUAAAUUACAUUUCCCAGCUUCUUGCCUCAAGGUGAGGCUGUGUGCAUAGUCCUUCCCAAUGGAAAGUAAGUAGAAGUGAUGUUUCACUACCAGACAGGGCAGUUAAAGAGUGGGUGAACCUUCUCUUUGGGUGGAGAAGGGUAUUCUCCACCCCUUCAUCUGCCUUUCAAGGCAGAUGUUCUGAAGCAGAUGUUUUGAAGAUGGAGUCAGAGAAUAGACCUCUGGAUGUUUGAUCCUGGGCUUAGAGGAAAAUUGCUUGACCAAGAACAUCCACAUUGGUUUUGACAAGGAAUAACCUCUUUUGCAUUAAUUUAGUGAGUUUGGGGACUGUUACAGUCGUUAGCAUUAUAUGCCCUGGCUAAUAUAUCUUCUCUGGACAUCCUGUCCACCUUAGUCUUGAUCACAAAACAAGGAAACCCGUGUUUCCUUCAGGGUGCUUCAGACAUUUAAUUAUUUUACCAGAUGCUAGUUUACACUAUCCCUUGUCCUAUGAAUUGAACUCCUAAUUGGGGAAAAAAUGCUCACAGGAGGAAAUUGAGAGAUUGAUUUUAUCAGUUACAUUUUGAUUGUGAGCCCCCUCCCCCCCCAAAAAAAAAAUCCCCCUAAAGAGUAUCUCAAGUUAGAUUUUUCAUCUCAUAAAAUUAGAAACCUGAUGGUUGUUGGCAUUGGCUCAGGAAUUCAAGGAUCUUAGCAGUUAGGUCUGUGUGGUUCUCUUGGUCUCUUGAUUCUCAUGGUCACAAGAGACACCUUGUGAUUUGAUUAAUCGGAAACACCCUACUUCCUUAGCCUUCUCAGGAAUCUCACAGAUUGCCACAGCCCCUGUCUUUUUGGUCUUGCUUCAAGGGUCCUUCUACAUUGUUAAUACUCUGGUGUAAAUAUGUUCCAUUAUUCCCUCGAACAUGACUGAGAUCAGUCUGAAAUACUAACGUUUUAAUUACAUUUAUCUUCCCCACCCCUUCCCACAUCUCAGUGACUUGUCAGCAGCUCCUCCAUUUCAAAGCCUUUCUCCGUCCAGCUCAGUGGGGGUGGGGAAACCUUCCCGGUUCUGUUCAUUUCACUCGUUCUUUACCUCCUCCGUCACUUCUAGGAUUGGGAUGGGGAAGGGUAUAUUAGAGGGGAAAGGGCUAAACUUUUGGUUUAGUUUGGCUUUAUCAGUGUGUUCUACUAAGACAGGCAUGUAAAUGUUGGUUCAGUGUGUGAGGUGCUGGGGUUCUUUGGAGCCACCCCCUGCCCCUUGGGGACUUUUGCACUAACUGGCUCUGGUUCCCUCCUUACAAUACUCAGCCCACACCCCUCAGCUUCUGACCCUGACAGUGUAUCCAUUGCCUCCUAGUGCUAAAGAACCUCACCCUGGCCAGCAGUCCUCCUGAGAGAGGUCUCAGCAAACAUCUUAAGAGUGGUUACCUUUCUGGGAGCCCCCAGGAGACUUCCGCAUGUUUGUCCUGCCAAAGGGCAGAAAUACAGCCCGACUAGCAGCUGACUCCCCUCCCCUCGCCCUGCCCCAGCUAGCCUGACUCUGACCUCUCCAUUCUCUCUGUGGUCCCAGACCCUCACAAGUGUCUUGGGUUACUUUCUCCCAACAAGCCUCCACCCCAGUGGCCUUGUUGGAACUGGGGCUAUAAGUUUCUGACUGCAGCAAGCCUCCCGCUAGAGAAUGUAAUGCUGAAUAAGGUCUCUCCCUGUCAUGAGAAUACAAAAUGACUCCAAGUGGUCCUCUUAGAGCCCUGCUCACCUGAUUGAGGAUAGAGGGAACAGCACUUUUCUUUGCCUUUCGGGGGGUCGUUCUCUGUAUUCCUCCAAAUUCCCAUCAAUGAAGCUGAUGUUUCUAACUUCAUGUACAGUAGGAGGGUUAGUGAGCUCUGGAUCAGCUUUAUUAUCUAAGAGUAAAUCUUAUGUUGGGCUUCCCCAGUGGCUCUUCGUUAAAGGAUCCACCUGCAAUGCGGGAGAUGUGGCAGGAGCUGCAUGUUUGAUUCCUGGGUAAGGAUCCCCUGGAGAAGGAAAUGGCAACCCACUCCAGUAUUCCUGCCUGGAAAAUCUCAUGGACAGAGGAGCCAGGUGGGCUAUUGUCCAUGGGGUUAUCGGACAUGACUUAGUGACUAUAUAGAUACAUCCAGGGCCUUUAUUUAAUAUCCUCUUAUUGUGCAAGUAUUUUUUAAAAAUUUUAAUAUCCAUCCAUGUAUCUAUCAGGGCUCAGUCAGGAAAAUAGAAACCACACUAAAUGUUUCAAAUAGAGGACAUUUAAUGCAGAGAAUCGAUUCCUAGUGACAAAAGCCGAGUCAAAAGAAAAUGCUUGAUGUAAUUAAAAAUUGAGAACUGGAGAAAUCAGAUAAUGUGCAAAGGCCUGGGAAAACCAAGCGGAAGAAACGAUAUGAUUAUCAGAAACCAGGAGCUCAGAGAAGUGGCCCCUUUUGACUGGUCAGUACUCAGACUUUUGUGGGGGAGGCUCCCUCCACGUAACCUGGUGCUUGGACUUCUGAGGAAGGAGGGUGGGGGCGCACGGUCUGACUCUUCUCUGGCUGUCACGCCUGGAAACCGAUCUGCUGCUGGUAUCUCAGAAGUGUAGCAAAGCUGCUGCGGAGUGCAGAAGAAGCCGGUAGCCAGAGCCAACUGUCUGCAGCUGAAGUACUGUAACAGCAGCUGGAAAACAGGAAUGAAGACCCUCCCCCCUGUGUUUCACUUUCAGUUUCCCUUUAUGGCAUCUCUUUGGCAGAACCUGAUGGAACCAUCUGGCAGUGGAUUCUGGGAAAUACAGUUUGCAGAGUCACAGCUGCAGCAACACAACUCCAGAGUGUGUAUGUGGGGGGUGCAGAGGGAGGUACAGAGAGUGCAGGAGCCAAAAGAAAAUAGAUAAAUAACCAGAGCAUUCCAUGCUUUAAUAGCUGCUCAUACAUCUAGAUUGUUUCUGUCAGCCCUGAAGUAUCUCCUAAUAAGCAUCCACCAUAGUAAGCUUAUCCAUUCUCCUGGUUGCCUCAAAUUCUUUUCCAUCUCAAUAAAUUAAAACCCUUGCAGUUUAGGGUUCUGAGUACAAAAUAAGUUCCCCCAAUUAUAUGCACUCUGAGAUUUGGGAGGUAAGUAUCAUGUUCCUGCUAUUUGGCUGUUGCCAGAGGCAGGUUUAGAUGUUGGCUUUCUGCAGCAUCAUUUGCAUCGAAGUCAAGGACAAAAGGAUUCGUACUGUAGUGGCUAAAGUUCAGCUUAGUACUGGAGGUUCAAUAGGUAAAAUAAAUCUACUUUGUACAAGCUUGGCUUUGAUGGUUAAGAGGAAAAAUUAUUGGAAGGAUAUCAAUAAGUUACUCAGAGAACUAAUGGAAAGUCCAGGGAGUGAGGCUUAGAGAACAGACAGGAGCCAGGGGAGGAUGAACAGCUGCAAAAACUAAGGUCAACUUUAGAGUCAUCAUGGUUAGGAUGGCAUUGCUGGCACCAUUGCUACUUGACUUUUUUCCUCACUCUUGUCGGUACAUAGAGUGAUGCUGAGAAUUGAGUUUAUCCUCUAAGUUCAUGGCACUGUUAGGAUUGGUUCAUGAAAGGCCCCUCUCCUGUUCUUUGUUGUUUCCUUUAUUCCUGAUUCAUACUUCAGUUCCUCUUAAUAGCUUCACAACAUAUCUGUUGUGUUCCCCUGGACGCCUGUGUAUCCUUGGCAAAAUAGAUGGUGGUUUUGGUAUAUGUGUGUUUUUGCAGAGACUGCCAGCUGAUCCUCACAGCCGUUUUCUUCUUUGUGGGAAAUCAGCUGGACUCUUUCCCAGCUUCCCUUAUUCUUAAGUGUGAUCAAGUGGAUGAUAGUAGAACUAAGGUGUGCUAGUUCUACGACCUGGGUCCUUAAAUUUUCCUAUGCACGGUCCCCCAUGUUAUUUCCAAUUUGGCCUUUGAGCAUACAACCUUGAAAGCUACACCUUGAAAGAGCCAGAAGAUGGAAGGAGCCUGAACAUCACUUAGAGGAGAGCCACCCACCAAUUUGGAGCAUCUGUUUUGGAUGUCUCAUGAGUGAGAAAUAAAUUUCUAUCUUUUUCAGCCAGUGACUAGUGAUCUUUCUUUAAAAUCCCUUUUAAUCGAACACAUCAGAAAAGUAAACAAAACAGGCCAUAAAGAAAAGUAAAGAAAAAUGUUAAGCCUAAUGUUUUAUCACAAGGCCAGCGACCAGGUAGGCACCACCUAGACUGAGAAACCAAGUGCUGGCCACACCCAACAGCCUCUUUUAUGUCGCCUCCCAAACGUGAGCAGCUUUCUUCUCUCAGCAUUACAGAAUUGUCACCAUCCAGGCUUCCAUGACAUUGAUUUCCUUGCUUUUCUUUAUAGUCUUACUAGUUGAGCUGUUUAGUUGCUCAGUCAUGUCCAACUCUUUGCAUCCCCAUGAACUGUGCACCAGGCUCCUCUGUCCAUGGGAUUCUUCAGGCAGGAAUACUGGAGUGGGUUGCCAUUUCCUUCUUCAGGGGAUCUUCCUGACCCAAGGAUCAAACCCACAUCUCUUACAUCUCCUGCAUUGGCAGGAGUGUUCUUUACCACUAGUGCCACGUGGCUGAAAUACAACCAAUUUUUUGUAUGUUGACCAGGGAGCAGCACCCUUGCAAAGUAACCUCACUUAUUCUAGUAACUUAUCUGCAUUCUUUUUAUUUUCUGCAAAUAUUAUCCUCAUAAUGUGUAAUUAUCAUAUCAGUUUAUUUCAUGCUUUCUAAUUCUGUAUCAUUUAUUCUUAUCCAUGAUGUACUCCAAGAGGUCCAUCACCAUGUUCAAGUGAUGUUGGUAGAAAUCUUUGAAUCAUUCUCAGACUUGAAAGAAGAACUUUUGGUGUUUCAUCACUGGGUGUGAUAUUUGAAGUGAGAUUCUGAUUAAUGGUCGUCAGGUUAAUAAUAUGCUCUACUUGCUACUACUUGUAUUAUGAAUUGAAUUUGGAAUUUUGUCAAAUGCUGCUUCUGAAUUGAGAUGAUCAUAUAUUUUUAAAAAUUCUGUCAGCGUAGCAAGUAAAAGAUUUAUUUAUUUUAUAUGUGAAAUCAACCUUAAGUUUUUGGAAUAAAAUCAGCUUCAUUGGUUUUACCUGUUUUACA